GGUUGUUAUUCGGCGAUGGGAUUUUUGUGAUUGCUGGUGAAAGAGAAGAUCUGAUUUUUACUUUCUUACUUGAGGGGAUUUAUGGAUGGUGCGGUGGAGUGAGAGAUUGAUUUUGUUACGUCUCUUCACUAAAUCCAAGUGAAGCAAGCUACCUGUACAACAACGAUAUUUGAAUACUCGAGUAGCUUGGAGUAAGAAGCUCCCUCAAAAUGCAACCAAUUGGUUUCUCCACCCAUAUACCCCAAAACCACAAGCACAAAUCUAACAAAAUGAUACAGACGCAAUCCUCUACACCCUAAUCCCAACCCUCAUCCUCCUCCACCUCGUCCUAGCACCCUACACCAAAGUAGAAGAAUCCUUCAAUAUCCAAGCAACGCACGAUAUCCUCACCUACUCGCUCCCCCCCACAAACCUCUCCUCCUCUCUCGCAUCCUACGACCAUGUUUUCUUCCCUGGCGCGGUACCAAGGACGUUCAUCGGGGCCUUGGCUCUAGCUGUUUCUUCGAAGCCGUUCAUACUUCUGUUUGGGAGUUGGUAUUCGCAGGGUACUGCGAGAGCGGUGCUGGGAAUGUUUAAUACGGCUUGUUUGAUACGGUAUAAAAGGGGAUUGGAUGGCGCUUUUGGAGAGGGUGUGGGGAGAUGGUGGGUGGGAUUGGUGGUUAGUGGGUUUCAUGUGAAUUAUUAUGCGAGUAGGACGUUGCCCAAUAUGUUUGCUUUUGGAUUGAGUGAGUUCUUUUCUCCUACGUCGUUUCUCAUUUCUCUAUGUUCCAUGGAUUCUUGAUUCUGAUUUGGAGAUAUAGCAACCCUAGCAUCCUGCAACUUUCUCCCACUUCCCGCCCCAAACAAAGAUCUAGAAAGGAAACGACAGAUAAAAGGGAUAUCUCUCCUCGUCUUCUCGGCAGUGGUCUUUCGCUCUGAAAUCGCUCUCCUCCUCUUCACUCAACUCAUAGCUUCACUGAUUCAAUCACGCAUCACGCCCCAAACGAUUAUCCUCACCGGUCUUGCAAGUGGUAUUGUCUCUAUUGCCUUAACCGUUGCAAUAGACUCCUUUUUCUGGCAGAAACCUCUCUGGCCCGAACUCUGGGGGUUCUACUUCAAUGUCUUUGAAGGAAAAUCCUCGGAAUGGGGGACGAGUCCUUAUGGAUAUUAUUUUGUGAAUUUGUUACCCAAACUGCUGUUGAAUCCUUUGAUUCAGUUUUUGCUUAUUCCCACCGGUGUGGUCAUCCCAGCGCUGAAGUUCAGGGUUUUGGAGAUGGUUAUUCCCGCCCUGGCAUUCGUGGCGAUAUAUAGUUUGCAACCGCAUAAGGAGGCCAGGUUUGUGAUUUAUGUUGUUCCGCAGCUGGUGGGUGCUGCUGCGUUAUCGGCAGAUUGGAUUUGGAAAAGAAGAGGGAAGGACCUUAAAUAUGGUCUUGGUUCGUUUUUGAUUGUUGUUAGUAUUCUGGGUUGCUUUGCAGCUAGUACGGGCAUGCUACUCAUUUCCUCUCUGAAUUACCCUGGUGGCGCGGCAAUCAACACUUUCCAUAGAGUUCUGUAUAAAGAUAUCAGGAGUGGAUUGAACAUGGAAGAGGUGAAGGUCCAUAUGGAUGUCCUCUCCUGUAUGACGGGUGUCACACGUUUCCAGGAGGUUCCGAGAGAAGGAAUGGUGGUUAACGGGAAACCUACUAAGGUCCUCUAUGAUAAGACCGAAGACCCGGAUACCCUCCUCACUCCCACCUUCUGGGAAGGACUAGAUUAUGCACUCAUGGAAUCCCCAGAGAAAGCCAUCGGCAAAUGGGAAAUCGUCGAAACGAUCUUCGCCUACGCGGGUAUCGAGUUUCUGAAGCCCGGGGACGGGACCAGUUUUGGGGAACACCUGGAACGUGUAUACAUUGCAAAUAAUAUCAGUGUUGUUCACGAGGGGAAGAAACAGGCCCCAGACGGUGAUGAGGUUCGGGAUACCCUGCGGGAUUUGGAGGAGGGUGGGAAAGAGGGGACGAAAAGCGUGGAAGAGAGGAGACUAAGAGUUAGGGCACAGGAGAUGAAUCGUUUUGGGACUUUUAAUUUGUUGAGGGAUGGGGCGAGGGGAGUUACGGGGGGUUGGUGGGUUGGUCCGAGGAUGGAGCCUAGUGUUAAGGUGUUGAGGAGGACUAGAGAGUAG